AUCUUCUUAUUAACCAACUUGACUUGAGCAAAGAUCAUCACGGAAAUGGCUCAAGCCCCGGUCUUCUACACCAGGCAACAUGGCUGGGAUACUACCUCCACUGAUUACCAUGUUCAUGUCUCAACGAUGGAAAGGAUGCCUAGUAUACUUCCUGAUGUCCCUCGCUACCCCAACGUCCACAGGGCCUUCAACAACAAGACUAUUCACGAAGAUGAAUUUGAAGUGACCCAUCAAGAAAGUAUGCAGAAGCAGCGGCAGCCUCCAACUACGCAUGGUAAAAAGGUUCAUCUGGUCGAACAGGUGCAAAUUAUUCCUCGAGAAAAAAAUGAAGUUAUUUUUGAAGAGAACAUUGAUUCGGAAACAGAUGGAUUUCUCCAGCGAAAGCACAAGACAUUUGAGCUAUGCAAAUGGAAAACCUUCAAGUUGCUAUAAUUGAUUAUUAUGAUUGGAAACAUGACGUGUUUAAAUGACAGGCCAAAUAUCCCAGCUGCUAUACUUUUUCUCACUCAGCUUUAUAUUUAAAUAAAAGACCUGUCUUAGUUUCUUCUGGCAGCAGAAUUUCUUUCUGGCUUUGUCUGGGAUUAUAUAGCAUGUAAUUUAGUGUUUUACAUUCCAAUAAAACAGUUCAUUUAAUAAUA